UACGAUGACAAUAAAUAAAUUAUUAGUUGUAAUUAUAAUUAUAUUUAUAAAAUUUGGCGGUUGUGAGAAAGUCUUCAAGAGUGUUCCUGUCGUUUUCAAGAUUUACGAAAAUGAAUCCGUACUACUGCCGUGUUAUAUACAAGAUAAUGAAACUGUGGCUCGAGUGAAAUGGUAUAAGAAUAACCGUCUUCUUGGUGACACGUUAGACCAGCACACUUUAUUACCUAGCAGAAUGUAUAUGCACAGGAACUACAGUCUGCAGAUCGACAGCUUAAGAGCUCAUGAUACAGCUGAUUAUACUUGUGAGGUGAUUAGACCAGAGCCAUUGGGACCUAUUAAGCAGUCACAUUCUAUUGAAGUCCAAUGUUCUCCUACAGUGAGGACAAUACCGGAGGAAGGAUUCCUUGAGGUUCGUAAAGGAGAGUACGUGGACAUCGGAUGCGAGGCCUCAGGGACGCCUAAACCCACUAUCGAGUGGAGGAAAAAUGGUGAAGCAAUGGCACUUCUAGAACAUCGAUCUAGAAUCAGAUUCAGAGCGGAACAUCGCUUGCUGGCCGGGGUGUAUGAAUGUAUUGCGGAUAACAGCGUCGGGGAUCCAGUCAAGGCAGCCAUUAGAGUUAUCAUACAAGAUGCUCCAGUAGUUUCCGCGGUACGUACAUUUGUGCAUACGGCGAUAGGGCUCCGCGCGGCGCUUCAAGCGAGGCUGGACUUCGCCGCGCCGCCUGCCAAGACCGCGUGGUUUAGAGACGGAAGACCGGUUAAGACUGACGAUAGGAUCAUUAUUAUGGGUCACGAGAAUUCUCAUCAGUUGAUAUUCAGGACUGUAAGGAAAUCUGAUUUGGGAAACUAUACUUUCCGCGCGGAAAAUAAGUUAGGAAUGGCUGACGUUUCGUUUAAACUUACUGGUGUUCCAAAUGUGGCAUCAUUUAAAGUCGAUCCUUCCCUAAACAAAGCGACAUCUACUAGUUUCACACUUAUAUGGGAAGUGGAUUCAUAUUCAACGAUUAUUGAGUAUAAUCUAUGGAUCCGGCCAUACUAUGGUAGUCGCUCUCCAAUCGACCCUGACUCCGUGUCGACAGUAGGUCCUGCUUACUUCUGGAGCAAGAUUGUCGUGCCCGGAGACUCAAUUGACGGACCUAUUCACAGCGCAAGUUAUACAGUAAGAGGACUAACGCCGUCGACUGUGUAUGAAGCGACUGUUACAUCUAGAAAUAGAUUCGGAUGGAGUAAGACUUCUGCGGUUCUACAUUUUGCAACCGAACCAGGAGUGGGUCGAACACUUCCGGUAACAAUAGACUACGCAGACAUAACUCCGACAUUAGAAGAACCGGAAUCGGAACAACCAGAGAACAUCACUCAAGCACAUGUUUUCGAACGUCUCAACGAAAUGCCAAUGUCAGACUCGGGAGCGCGGGAAAAAUUAAAUGUCAUCGUAAUUUCAUUUUUGAUAUGUAGUAUCAUUUGGUUAAGUUGAUUAAAAUUAUAUGAAA